AUGACAGCUGCUGGUGCGGCGUGCCGGUGCCGCGAAGAAGAGGCGACUAAGGCGAUAACGCACACACAUCCCGCUCUCAGGUCGUCUCCCCGUCCUUACAGGAGACGGGAGGGAGAAGGAGGCCAGGCUCAGGCUCACUCUCACUCUCACUCUCCAAUCUCACUCACUUUCCUCAACUCUCUGUCUCCUCACUCCCCCACAUCUCCUCUCUACACUCAUCCUUCAGUCGUCCAGACCCUUUCGCGGCUCGCCGUACGGAUACCUUCACAGGUUCAGGCACACAACGAGGCGUGCGAGCGUGUGCCACUCACACGUUCAACGUCCAAUUGCAGACUGCAGCUGUUGUCCCUCCUCAUCGACCACAUCAAGGCAACCUGCCACCCCUCCUCGCCGCCGCAGUCCGUCAUCUCACAUUCUCGACCCCCCCAAGGACCAGGGAGGAUUCUCCCGUUGAGAGGAUGUGACCGUCUUGUUUUUUUUUUUGCCCUCCCCUCUUCCAUCGGGCUGCCCGCGGUUUGCUCCCCAAAUUAA